AUGUCAAAAUCUAUUGGUAAAUAUGUUUACGAUGAAAAAAACUUAAUUGGUUCUGGUGCAUUUGGGAAGGUUUUUCGAGGUUUUGACACAGAAAAAAAGAUUGAUGUAGCAAUUAAAGGUAAUGAUAAAUAAAACGACUUUUAGUUUCAUUAACAAAAAAUGUUAGAAAAGAGAUUGCUGCUAUCAUAUAGAAUGAGAUUUAAGUAAUGAAAAGAUUGUAGCAUCCAAAUUUAAUAUAAUUAUAUGAUGUUUUUGAAUAAGAUGAUAAUAAAGUAAUUGUGAUGGAAUUAUGUAAAAGAGAUUUAAAAGACUUAAUCACAAAAAAAAGUCUUUAAGAGAAUGAAGUUUUAAACAUAGUACUUUAAUUAGUUUCUGGAUUAAAAGAAUUAGUCAGAUUAGGAUUACUUCAUAGAGAUAUUAAACCUGCAAAUUGUUUUGAAUGUGGAGGUAUCUUUAAAUUAGGUGAUUUUGGAUCUGUUGUUGAAGCAAAUUAUAAUGAAAAGAAACUUAUGAAAUAACAAUUUGGUACUUUAGCUUAUGAAGCACCAUAAAUGAUGAUGAAAGAAAAGUAUAGUGUUAAAUGUGAUGUUUGGUCUAUGGGAAUUUUGGUUUAUGAAUCUCUAUUUGGAUAACUUCCUUGGUAGUGUUAAUCAGAAGUAUAGUAUUUAAGAGCAAUCAAAACAUGGGGUGUUCGUUUUCCUAUAGGGAAAAGAAUUUCAAAUGAAUGUAAGGAUUUUAUAUUAAGAUGCUUGGUUAUUUAAGAAAAUAAUAGAAUGGAUUGGGAUUAAUUAUUUGAACAUAGAUGGCUUAAUAUUAAAGAGAACGAUAGAAUAUUUGUAAUCAUAAUAUUAUUAAUUAUAGAAUAAUUCAUUAGUCUUUGAAUAAAUAGAAAAUUAAUUAUUAGAUCAUCUUAAUGAACUUACUUCAUAAUAACAUUUCCAUCCUAAUUAAUCAUUCUAAAUAUAUGAUUUCGAUAAUAAAGGUGUUUUAGAUUAUUUAAAAUUUGAACGAUUUUUGGUAUAAUUAGAUCCAAGACUUACGAAAAAAGAGAUUAUGGCCAUAUUUUCACAUUUAGAUAAAGAUAAAAAAUACGUUAUAGAUCUUUCUUAAUUCUAAUAAAUAUUUAGAUAAUGA